CUACCAGUUCACAUGACCAGACAUGGCUUAUUAUUCAGUCGGUGUGGCUGUGACCAUACUGUCAAUGGCUGCGAUAGACCUCUAACCGCGCACACUGAGAGUUUCUACCAGCAGGACGUGCUUUAGGAUCACUAAACAACUAUUUAAUUUACAUUCAGUCAGCUGAGAAACGUAAACAACAACAGGAAGAAGAACGACGGCGACGCCACAGUUUUAGAUUACGGUCCGUAAAGUGAAGCCAGUUCGCCGUGUAGACCCAACCUGCGCCUGCAGCGGCGACACAGCACCGAACAACGCUUCCCCGGGCUCGUGUCUCUUCUACAGGGACAACACAAAUAAGAAGACAAAAGGAUGAAACUCCCUCACGCUUUGGCCGCGCUCAUCAUCGCCUGGUUUGCGGUUUUGGGUUGCAUUCAGGCUGUUACUCUUGAGGUGAACAAUGGGACCUCCACCUGCAUUAAGGCUGAGCUCUCUGCGUCGUUCGCCAUCACGUACAACGCCUCCAGCAGCACGAGAACAGUGCAGGUCCCUCUGCCCGACUCCACCACGGUGGAUACAGGCAGCAGUUCGUGUAGCACAGGCGACAGAUCACCAUGGCUGGUGGCGGUGUUUGGACCCGGCCACACACUCGGGCUGAGCUUUUCAACCAAUGGAAGUCUGUACAGUGUCACCAACCUGACGCUGCAGUACAACCUCAGUGACACUUCCAUCUUCCCUGAGGCGAACAGCUCUGAUGUGGUCACUGUGGUGUCAGAUUCAGUUGGGAUCUGGGCGGCGAUCAAUACCACCUACCGCUGCGUGAGCCCCACCACUUUUGGAGUUGGUGGAGCAACUGUCACUUUCUCUGAUAUGAGGCUGGAGGCGUACAUGCCAGGAAAUGACCUGAGUCCAACAGAAAGCGUAUGUAUGGCAGAUCAGGGCAGCACUACAGCUCCACCUACUACAGCUCCACCUACCACUGCCCGGACUACAACAACCGCAGCUCCAGCACCAAGCCCUCCAGGACCACCUGAGCGGGGCACCUACUCUGUAUUCAAAAACAACGGCACUGUAUGUCUCCUGGCCGAAAUGGGACUGCAGCUCAACGUCUCCUAUUUUUCUAUAUCCCAGAAUAAGACUAUCCAAGAAUUAGUCAACCUGACUCCCAAUCUGACAAGUGCAUCAGGAUCAUGUGAAGCCAGCAGUGCUUCCUUGGUUUUGACACAGGAGCGGACCACCACGCUCAACUUCACCUUCACUCUGAACUCCACGAGCAACAAGUACCACCUGAGCGGGAUAACUCUGCUUGCCAAUUGGUCUGAUAUGAUUGCUCCCUUCACAGCCAGUAACACCAGUCUGGACUACCUGCGGAGUACGCUGGGCCGCUCCUACAUGUGUAACGCAGAGCAAACUCUGGCUGUGGUGCCAUUCUUCUCUCUCAACACAUUCAGACUGCAGGUCCAACCCUUUGACGUAACUACCAACCAGUUUGCUACAGCGGAGGAGUGUCAGAUGGACCAAGACCAGAUGCUCAUCCCCAUCAUUGUCGGAGCAGCCCUUGCCGGCCUGGUGCUGAUCGUCCUCAUUGCAUAUCUAAUAGGCAGGAAGAGGAGCCACGCUGGCUACCAGACCAUCUGAAUGGACCCUUCAUUUUACUUUAACCGGACAGACUGAACAGUGGAGAGAGAAACCCGAGUGUGCGAGCGAGAGACUGUGGACACGAGCAGUAGUGAAUGAAAUAAUUGAGUAGUUACUCUGUGGCGAGCGCAUGUUUUUGCAUAUCCUAUGUGACCUCUUUUUCUGUGAGAUGAUGAUGAUGAUGAUGAUGAGAAGCCAAAGACCUGCUAGUUUUAGAUAGUUUGCAUCUUGUGUGAAGGACCGAGCCUUCACAAAAGCAAGGAUGGCGGCAGUUUGAAUUUGCUGUAUGUAGCAAGUACACCAUCGGCUGUUUACUCUUGUUCCAUUAAGUUCUAAGAAUUGGUUGAAUUUGCUUGAACUGCAGUUUGUUGUUUUUAGCAAUGUUAUUUAUAUACAUAUAAAAAAAAAAUCAUUUAAUAUUCCAUGCAAUUAAAGAGAGUCAAAUGUAGGACAAAGAUCAUUUUUUUAAGUUACAAUGGCUUGUGUGUGCAAAUAAAAACAUUUCAAGUUAGGUGGAGUUUUAUUCCUGCACAUGCU